AUGGACAAGAUUUCGCAUUUACUGCUAACACUGCCAUCUUCGUAUGACGGCGUUAUAACGGCAAUAGAAACUUUAGCAGAAAAUAAUUUAACCUUGGCCUUUGUAAAAAAUCGUCUGUUGGAUCAUGAGAUCAAGUUAAAAAAUAGUAGCAAAGAUACCAGUCUAAAGGUUAUGCAGGCUAAAGACGAGGUGGGGUCACUGGCCUGUGCCGGCCGGGAAGGGUUGCUGCGCGGACGCCAAACAGGAGUGCUUAUUCGGAGCUAUCACCAGCCAAAUAAGUCCUUCGGCUCUCCGCUGGUUCCGGGGGUUACGGGCGUCGGCGGCGAAAGGGAACCUGCAGACUGGGGUCACCUGUACCCCGCAAGCGUGUACUGGGUGCACUUACUCUCGAGCCGACUAGAGUCAGGGUCGCGCGCUGGUUCCGGCGGGAAACUGUACGCUUAUUUGCAGAAGAUGACCAGACAAAUAAGUGGCCAGUUCCCGGCGCUGGUACCGACGGAAAAGGACAGGGCACUUAUUCGGAGAUAUUACCAGUCAAAUAAGUACACUGCCUUCCGCUGUCCCGUGUGGCUCGAGUGGCGAUCCCCGCUUCCCAAAUUAGUAGACGACUCGGGCCGGGUAGUUUUCUGGUUUCACUUUUAUUCUCGGUAUUCGGUAUUUACCCGCACUGUAGGUUCUGGUUUACUCUGGUUUACUUGGUUAACUUACUUCGCUAGUCCCGGUGUCCUGGCGGUGGUCUCGCUGGGUCACGGAGCCGUGCAACCGCUGCGUUCGGGCGUAGAAACGAAAAAGCCCUCGUUCCGCCAGGUCCGCGUGUCUCGCAUUUUCGGACGCAGCCGGGUCUAUUCGGUUCGACCCAUGAGGAUGUACUAUGUCUGCCUGACGGUCUACUUCAACUUCUUUGUUUCGCACUGGGAGAAGUACAACACGGGCAUCCUGCAUCUUCCCUGGGGCUACGACGUCAGCAUGUGGGGCAGCACGGCCAUGUAUCUCGUUACCUGGUGGAUGGGCUUCGAGCGCUGGAAGUUCGAGUUGCCGCUGGGAUCCUACGGAACCCUGCCUUUGGGCAAUGUCAUGGAGGCGGUGCUGCAUGUCAGUGCCAUGGCGAAUCUUCCACUAGUCAUUAUAAAUGUGUAUAACUCCUAUGCGCAUCGGACUGGACUCCUUCUGUCCUUCUGGGAGGCCAUUAGGCCCAUGUGGCCCUUCCUCACCUACUUCGUCAUCCUGCUGGCCUGGCCGUACCUCUCGCCGAACGACAUCAUGGAAAAGGAUCCACGCGCCAUUUUCAUGCUCAGCGGCACCAUCUUUUCCAACGUCAGCUGUCGUUUGAUUGUCUCCCAAAUGUCCGUGACGAGAUGCGAGGCGUGGCACUGGCAGACGCCCAUGUUCGUGCUAUCCUUCCUGGUCAGCUUGUGGCUGCCUCUGCUGGAGCGUCCUCUGCUGUACAUGCUCCUGAUUGUAACGACCUUGAGUCACUGGCAAUACGGAGCUAGUGUGGUGAACCAGAUGUGCGAGCACUUCAACCGGAUCUGCUUUACUGUCCACAAGCGAGUGCCGGAGGAGAAAAAGAAGGUUCUGCUGGCAGAGCAAAUCAGCCAGCCAGAUCAGUCAAAUCAAGAGGAGCCGUCGAAGAAAAAGGAUUAGGGCUUUGGAUUGCGCGAUUUUGAUUUUCAUUUUGAGCUGCGAGUUAUUUUGCAAGUUUUUUUGUACAUCAUGGAGGCUGUUUAGUUAAACAAUUCUUGUGAGAUUAUGUAUAAUUUGUCUUAGUUAGAAUAUACUUAAAAAUUGACUUUA